UUCCUCGGGUCGCCCGGGCCGGGCGGCGGUGAGUCCUAGAACCGCUGUCCCUCUCUCCCCUCCGCCUCCAGCAAUCUGGUCGUGCUUCCCGCUCGGCGGCGAGAUGGCGGAGGGCAGCCGAGCGAGUGGAAAAGAGCGCCGGCACCGCCGCCGUUCGGCCGAAGACAGGGAGCCGGAGAGGAAGAAGAAGAAGCGGCUGCACCAAGAAGUGAAGAAAAUCAAACACGUCGAGACCUUUUACGAGAAGCCACCACCAGGAAUGAUUAAGGAAGAUGAUGACAAGCCGGAAGAUUGUAUUCCAGAUCUGCCGGGUAAUGAAGAAGCUAGAGACUUCCUAGCCCAUGCUCCGACCAGAGGACUUUGGAUGCCAUUGGGAAAAGAAGUAAAAGUCAUGCAGUGUUGGAGAUGCAAAAAUUUUGGACACAGAACUGGGGAUAGAGAAUGUCCCUACUUCAUUAGCGGAAAUCAGAAAUUGGAACAGUUCAGAGUAGUAAGUCAGAACACAUUUCAUAAUACCCUUUUUGGCUGGAAUGUCAUCCUGUUAUUGCUGACACUCCCACAGCUUCUACAGGUGAAGUUUUCUCUGACCGUUAGACAGGAGAGAUUAGUGCUGAAGGUGCAGCCCUGUCGACAUUUAUUAUUUUGCUUUACUUCACAAUCCUUGAUAAUUGAGAGGAAGAAAAAUAGACACGGGUCCAUUGUCAGUGAGGAUAGAUAUUUAAUUACAGUAAUGUGGCCAUUUCUUUCCAGGAUACAGCAGCUGAAACAGAUGUUAGAAGACAGUACUUCGGACAGUCAGAGUUCCAGUUCCUCAGAUUCCAGAGAACGGCUCAAGAAGAAGAGGAAGAGAAAAGAGAAGAAGAGGAAAAAAAAGAAGAAAAGAAAGAAACAUAAAGCAGAAAAAUCAAGUGACAGUUCAGAAUAAGGCAAAAAGACUUGAAUGUUAUGAGCUAUUUUUCCCCAAAGUGGAAAAGUGAGAAAUGGUUAUAUUCAUGAACAAGAGUUUAUUUUGAGCAACGUUAUAAAUAUCACAUUUUCAACUUGAUUGGGAAGUAACUGAAAAUCAACAACCCCAAAAUUUAGACUGGAUGGUUGUCUUUAUUCUUAAGCAUGACCUGUAAUAUAUAAUCCAUCCUCUUAUGUGUGGCUUAUACUGACCUUAUCUUUUACUUACUGGUCUUCAACCUGGGUGGGUCAGUUUAAAGACCAGACUGUGAAAAUAUCUUCAUUAUAAUAGUUGUAAUGGUGAAAGACAUCUUUUGAUUUUUGUACUAAAGAAGUGUAAGCCUAACCUGUUGCAGUGGAAAUUAAAAUUACUUUACCACUGGCA